AUGCGACACACUAUAAACAACCCUAUAGUUGGAAUGCGACCACAUGUCGUGGAGUCGUUGAAAGUUCCUGUGAUCACUCCUGGUUUGAAGUUAUCGGAACAGAAUAAUAGAUCUAAUUCGGUGUCUACUGAUGGGAAUAGGAGCAACAGAUUGCAAUUGCCGAGGAAACAGUCGCAUCCUGAACGGGUGAGAACUUACAGUGAUGAUACCGGCGAGAUGCACCUUGAACUUUCGGAGGCUCUACUCAAGAUGCCUUUUUUCGACAUCAACAGAUUCAAGCUACCGCAGCAACCUGCUACUAUCCAAUCUGACGUUUCUCGAUGCGGAAAGCAAAGGCUAAAGCAGCUCCGCGCUAAAGCAGUUGAUCGACUGGAAGCCCUGGAACGACCACUUAUGACUUUAAGUGGCGGGUACGUCGAUGGUGUUAUCGCUUGCGCUCGCCACCACCAUAAGAAUGCCGAGGAUGAACUCCUUCAGGAAGGUCUAGCCAAGAUUGAGAGGGAAUACAGGCGCAGCAUCGCUCCGCUGAAUUCUGAAUCGACGGUGCGCUCGCGUUCAUCUUCCCCUAGGGGAAUCCGCAGGAAGAAGACUUCUAUGUUCGUGCCGGAUUCGAGUUUUGCUGAAUGGCAUGGCUCAGCUGAACUUGUACAACAGCAAAGGUUGAAGGAGGCGAUGAAGAGGAGUAGCGAAGCUCAUACACUUUGGGUGCGAAUGGCGUUGGAGGCUGAUGCGAUGGAAGAGAAGGAGCGUGCUGGGUGGAUUCAGCGCUCGCAAAUGCGGAAAGAAAAAAGGGAACGCAGCGAAGAAAGAGUGAAAGCGAAGAUCGCCGAGGUUAGAUCGUUUAAGGCUGAGAACUCAAUCGAUUUGAAAAAAUUGCAAUAUGAACGCGGCAAGUUCCUCGCUGAGAAAAGGGUCCGUGCGGAAGUUGAAAAGUUCAGAGUGGACGUCCAUGCAAAAAAAGAGACCGAGAUUAAACGGUUUUUCACACAGUACACGAUACGUCUGCGAAAACGGUUAUUGCCUAUAGCAUGCCGGUUCAGUCUUGAUAAGGGCGCAAUGCUACAUCGGUAUAUGGCCUUGGCCACCUGUCUGGCUAGUUCGAGAGCGCUCGAUAUCUCACAUUUUCAGUCGGCUGUGAGCUGCUUACAAGCUGCUGGAAUAUGGUGUCCACGCGUGCAAGCUUUAAUGGAGACGGACUCAGCCGAGAGAGCGGAGCGAAGGCGCAGUUCACUGCAGAACCCGACAGCGGCAUCAGCCGCGAGAUCAGCUUCUGCAGCUUCUAUUUUCGAGGAGUACGCCAACAGGUCGCCCCGGGAGUCGGCGACUUCUAGCGGGGGAACGAUCGAAAAACAGCAACAAGUGGUUUCGGGCGCGCGCGAUUUGCAACAGCAACCACAGCCUGUACAAGAACUACAGCAAAGGGAGUCGGUGAAAAAGGCGGAGCGAAGCCGUCAAAGUGUGCUCGAGACGUUUUCCAACCCUCCAGCUCCUUACACGGUCCACGGCCAAGCACAACCUAGGACCAGGAUGACUAUCGGAAUACCACUACCUUACAUGGGGACUCCAUCACCACCAGUAUGGCAACAGGCUCCAUUUGCUCCCUACAAGCCUUUCCCUACUGAGGGUUUCAACUUCCCUGUGAAGCCGAUCUCGAGUGCGGGGCGCUGGUAG